ACUGCAACCUCUGCCUCCUGGGUUCAAGCCAUUCUUGUGACUCAGCCUCCUAAGUAGCUGGAAUUACAGGUAUGUGCCACCAUGCCUGGCUAAUUUUUUUUUUUUUUUUGCAUUUUUAGUAGAGUUUCACCAUGUUGGCUAGGCUAGUUUCAAACAUCUGAGCUCAAGUGAUCUGCCCAUCUUGGCCUCCCUAAGUGCUGGGAUUGCAGAUGUAAUACAUAUACCUUCUCUCUGUCUCUCUCUCUCUCUCUCUGCUAAAGGAUUUGAAAGUGAGUUGUAGACAUUGUGAUGCUUCAUCCCUCACUAUGUCAGCAUGGAUCUCCUAAAAAUGACCCGCCCCGUGACCAUUAGUAUUGCUGAAAAAAUGAACAUGAAUCAGCAAAUGUCUGGCAGAUGUGAGCUUGUGGUAUUUCUUGAGCUCCUGCUGUGUGCCAGGCCUGGCACUUGGCUCAGCCCCUCUUUCCCUCACUUGACCCUCAGAACCACAGGCAGUAGCCAUGCAUUCUCUGUACUUUACACAGGGGGAGAUGGACUCAGAGAGGCAAAGUCACUCACCCAGGGUCACAUAGCUUUGUAGUGUGAUGGUCAAGGUGGAGCUCGACUGGAACGUAGGCCUGUGUGGCUAUGCCCACUGUGUUCAUGGUGGCCUGGCCCCUUGACCAGCAGGCCCCUUGGAAUGUACCUUUCCUAGGCUUGGCCAGGAUACUGUGUCAUUUGAGAAAGAAGUCAGCAUGGCACUCUCUGUGUUCGUGAACCAAGGCCCAGAGAAGUGAAAAGACCUGCUGGAGGUCACACGGUGAUUGAAUGGGGCCAGCCUUUAGCCUCCUGCCCCUUCUCUCCACAGUCCAUCAGUGGGCACCCUCUGCCCCCUCCAUUAGGCACAGCCCAGGCGAGGUGGCUUCCCUGGGGAUUCAUUGAGAUGUGGGAAUCAUUCCAGAAGGACAGGCUGCAGCUGGGAAGAGAGGGGCUGGUGCCGUCAACAGAGUCAGUCUAGAAGCCUGGCUGUGCCACUUUUUAGCUUGGUUACCUUGGGCAAAUGACUUAACCUUUCUGAUGCUCAGUUUUCUCCUAAACCUACCUGCCAAGCUUAUUCUGAGGCUCCAGUGGGGUGGGCCUGAGGCUCCAACAGUGCUGGGCACCUCGCUGGCAUUCUUUAAACAUUUCAAUUUCUCUUCCCACCCUUUGUUUAUAGCAUCUUGCCCUUACUAGGCAUUCAAUACAUGUAGAAUGGAUGAAUUCAGUCGGCGACCCUUUAUGGGAGACCCACGCUGUGCCAUGCGCUAGGCCUUGGAGAGUCAAUGGGGAGCAAAACACAUGGCCCUUCUCCCAGUAGAGCUUACAAACGGUGGAGCUCAGUCUGCCAGGACAGUGCUGCAGGUGUUGGACAAGUGGUGAAUAUCAAGGCCAAGGUGAACCGGGCCUUCAACUCCAGCAUGGAGGUGGGCAUCCAGGUGUCCUCGGAGGACCUGUGCUCUGAGAAGCAGUGGAAUGUGUGCAAGGCCUUGGCCACCUUCGUGGCCCACCGAGAGAUCACCAAGGUGAAGCUGAAGCAGAUCACGCCGCGGACAGAGGAGGAGAAGAUGGAGCACAGCGUGGCGGCUGAGCGCCGGCGCAUGCGCCUUGUGUAUGCGGACACCAUCAAGGACCUCCUGGCCAACUGCGCCAUUCAGGACGAUCUGGAGAGCAGAGACUGCAGCCGCAUGGUGCCGGCUGAGAAGACCCGUGUGGAGAGCGUGGAACUGGUCCUGCCUCCCCAUGCCAAUCACCAGGGCAACACCUUUGGGGGCCAGAUCAUGGCCUGGAUGGAGAAUGUGGCCACCAUUGCAGCCAGCCGUCUCUGCCGUGCCCACCCUACGCUGAAGGCCAUUGAGAUGUUCCACUUCCGAGGCCCAUCCCAGGUUGGCGACCGUCUGGUGCUCAAAGCCAUUGUGAACAAUGCCUUCAAACAUAGCAUGGAAGUGGGCGUAUGUGUGGAGGCAUAUCGCCAGGAGGCUGAGACCCACCGACGCCACAUCAACAGUGCCUUUAUGACUUUCGUGGUCCUGGACGAAGAUGACCAGCCUCAGCUGCUGCCCUGGAUUCGGCCCCAGCCUGGGGAUGGUGAGCGGCGGUACCGAGAGGCCAGUGCCAGAAAGAAGAUACGCCUCGACAGGAAGUACAUCGUGUCUUGUAAGCAGACAGAGGUGCCCCUCUCUGUCCCCUGGGACCCUAGCAACCAGGUGUAUCUGAGCUACAAUAACGUCUCCUCCCUGAAGAUGCUCGUGGCCAAGGAAAACUGGGUGCUGUCCUCGGAGAUCAGUCAGGUCCGCCUGUACACUCUGGAGGAUGACAAGUUCCUCUCCUUCCACAUGGAGAUGGUGGUGCACGUGGACGCAGCCCAGGCCUUCCUGCUGCUCUCGGACCUGCGUCGGAGGCCAGAGUGGGACAAGCACUACCGGAGUGUGGAGCUGGUGCAGCAGGUGGACGAGGACGAUGCCAUCUACCACGUCACCAGCCCUGUCCUUGGAGGUCACACCAAGCCCCAGGACUUUGUGAUCCUGGCCUCGAGGCGGAAGCCUUGUGACAAUGGGGACCCCUAUGUCAUCGCGCUGAGGUCGGUCACACUGCCCACACACCGAGAGACACCAGAGUACAGGCGUGGAGAGACCCUCUGCUCAGGCUUCUGCCUCUGGCGCGAGGGGGACCAGCUGACCAAGGUGUCCUACUACAACCAGGCCACCCCGGGCGUUCUCAACUACGUGACCACCAACGUGGCCGGCCUCUCCUCUGAGUUCUACACCACCUUCAAGGCUUGCGAGCAGUUUCUCCUGGACAACCGGAAUGAUCUGGCCCCCAGUCUCCAGACCCUCUAGAUGCCCUCAGUGGCCACAUCCUGCCCACCCCCACUCCAUCCUGCUCCCAAGGACUCACAGUGCCUGGAGAAAGGCAAAGGCCUUUAUUUCUUCCUGCCUCCCCAGGGGCGGCCUCCGUCCUGAGGUCCGCUGGCCCACCACCCCAGGUGCUCAGUUUCUGCCAACGUCGGCCAGCAAGUUCUUGCGGUACCCCUGAGGCAGCCUGUAGUAGACUCGGGUCCUGUCCACAGCCCUGGCUGCCAGCAGCACUGCCCUCACAGAGGCAUAGUCGCCCCCAGCUGGGCUAUGCUCCACUGUGACGGUGGCCCGGGGGGAGGAGGCCAGCAGCCUGGCUAUGGCUCUGGCUGUGCUGUGGCCUGGUGACAUGGCUGGCAUCUGGAAGGACACAGGUUGCCAGAGCUCCUGGCACAGCUCUAGCAUAUCUGUGAGCAGCUGUUCCCUAUAGCCACUGCCCAGUACCUCCUCAGGCCAGCCUGGUGCCACAGUCACGUGGGGGAAGACCUCAGCCACAGCUGUAAGUAGAUCUCUGCCAGCCACAUGGCCAGGGACCAAAAAACUCCUGUGGGAGAUUUUGGCCCCCACCCACACAGGUGAAUGCAAGAGGCCAAGGCUGGAGAGGCGUGCCAGCAAGGCCAGGGAUGGCCGGAGGGCUGCGGGCUCCGCUAUUUGCAAAUGGACACCCCAGUGUCGGGAAUGUGUGGCCAGCUGCUGCAGGCAGGACUCCAGCGUCAGGAUGCUGCCACUUGGAGCACGAACGAUGGGCACGGGGUUCUCAGCCACAGUCCCCUCAAGACCAGUGUUCAGCAGGACCAUGCCUUCUGUGUCUGGAAGAGGCAGCAGAGGCAACAGUGUUUAGGAUUUGGGUUAUGCUAGGGUGUUAGAGUCCCUUGCUAAAGGGGCAGUGGGAGUUCUGGGGGUCUCCAAGGGCCUUGCCUCUCUGGAAUCUGUCAACCCAGUUUUGGGCUCCAGGUGGAUGGGUUGCUUUAUAAAUGUGCCUGGUGCAUGAGAAACUCUUGCUUCAGCUCUUGGCCGUUAACUGUGACUCAGCCUGGGGGCCAGUGCCGGCCUUGCCCACAGCACCAUGGCUGGGGACUGGUCUGAAGGCCAGGAGCCCUGUGCUCUUCACACCACUGUACUCCCUCUCCCUCUCCUGCAACCCUGCCCCACCUUGCCUCCAGCGCAUGGUAUAAAUAAACGCGUAUUGCCAUGGCAACAGAGACCGGAGGUACCCACCCCAAGCAGAAGACACCCUUGCAGAUGAGCUAGGAGCGCCAAGGCUGAAGGGAGACCUUACCUGGGAGGGUCACCGUUGCUGUUUUACCGCUGCCCCGGAUGUCGGGAACCAGCCACUCCACGUUCAGCCCAUCACCCCCGGGCAGCUGGAGAAGAGGGAUCAGGCUGCCCCCUGUAUAGUACAUUCGUUUCCGUGUGGCAUUCACUGUGGGGCCCCAAAUCACUAAGGUGAAGUGGCUGCCGUUCAUGGAACACCUGUAGGCUGCAGCUCUACAGGCAUCCUCGCUAAACCUCCUGGCACCCUGCCAAACAGCUCUAAUUUCCUUGUUUUGUAGACUGCAAGAAGUGACUUGUCCAAGGUCCUAUAAGCAGUGAGCAGAAUUGCUGGGAGUGGAACCUGCUGAGACCAGAUCUGCCUGGCCCCAGAGCUGGUAUCCUUCCCCGCUUGCUUAGGUGGUUCCUGCUUAGUUGGCAGGAAUGCUGAGUCUGAUGGGGCCCCUUUGAGAUGGCUUCACUGUGGCUCUCCUGGGUUCGGGGACAAGGGAAUGAGGGGUUUGGGUGGUAGCAUCUGAUCACUGCGCAGUGAAUACAGUGGAGGUCUCUGAAACAUUAGAGUAACCCACAGUGGAGCCGUGUACCAAAAUAAUAUGGGGUUUGGAAUUUGCUGGGUUCCUACCUGCUGGACCACAUACAAGCCGAGUGACUGUACAAAUCCCUGAACUGUUCUGAGCCUCUGUUUUUCUAUAAUAUGGAUGUGUGCGCCAGGCACAGUGGCUCACGCCUGUAAUCCCAGCACUUUGGGAGGCUGAGGUGGGCGGAUCACCUGAGGGCAGGAGUUUGAGACCAGCUUGGCCAACAUGAUGAAACCCUGUCUCUACUAAAAGUACAAAAAUUAGCUGGUGUGGUGGUGCAGGAGAAUCGCUUGAACCCAGGAGGCAGAGGCUGCAAUGAACCGGGAUCAUGCCACUGCACUCCAGCCUGGGUGACAAAGCCAAUCUCCGUCUCGAAAAAAAAGCAAUAAAAAUAAAAUGGAUAUGUGAAGCUUAGCAUACCAUACCAGGGCCUGGUACCCAAAAUGCAUCCUCCUCCUGCCCCGCCCCGGCUCUCCCCCUUCUGAUAUCGCUUCCUCCCAGCUCUGCUCCAGUACCUGCCAAGUGCUGCCCCAUGCAGAAUCCAGUCCACACCACCCUUCCCAGUUCCUCUCCUUACAGGCCAGCUGCUUGAACUGCGACAGGAAAGGCUCAAAGAUGUCAUAGUAGACUUGGUGGACAGCAGUGUUGUCCCGGACGUAGAGCAGGUCCUCCACCAACAUGGGGUCCGAGGCAGCUUGCCACAAUGUCAGGCUAUACCUGGGGCCACCAGAGCUGGCUCAGUGCCCGUCUGGGCCCAGCAAGACCCUCAGCCCCAUUCCUGUGUCAGAACUGGAUGUCAGCUGGGCCCAGGGUAGCACAUCUGUCCUCCAGUCGCCCACCCGACACUUCUCCCUGAGUCCUACCCCUUUCCAAGGGCAAUAGCCAGAGGGAAUUCAGGAAAGAUGACUGAAAGCAGAGCCCAGGAGGGAGGGGGAGCCUGUCCUGCCUCCUCACUUGCAGUGUCUGUUUCUGAGUCCUGUCCUAGGAAAGGGGCAGGACAAACUGGAGAGGAUGUGGAAGGGCGGGUCAAGCAUGAAGAGGGGAGGGGCAGCUUUGGGAGUCCUGUAGGGAGCAACUAAGGAAAGUAGGGGGAUAGUGGGGAUAGGGGAGUCUCUAAAUUCCUAUAGGGCUAUCCUAGGGCAGGGGUUGAAGGCACAAUAUAUGUUGCUCUAGGGCUACCUGGCUCCUGCUGGAGGAAGCUGUGGGGAGACAAAUUGUGUCUUGGUAUAAAUAUUUUCUGGGGGGCAGAGAAUUACCCACCAAUGAAAGGGCUCCCUCAGGAGGUAGUGAGUAGCCCAUCACCAGAGGUAUGCAAGCAGAAAGCAGGGACUCUGUAGAGGGCAUGAGCACCAGCAGGAGUUGGACCAUAUGACCUUUAAGACCCUUCCAUCCAUGACUGGGUGUGGUGGCUCAUGCCUAUAAUCCAGCACUUUGGGAGGCUGAGGUGGGCAGAUCACGAGGUCAGGAGAUCAAGACCAUCCUGGCUAACAUGGUGAAACCCCGUCUCUACUGAAAAUCCAAAAAAUUAGCCAGGCGUGGGGAGACACACCUGUAGUCCCAGCUUCUUGGGAGGCUGAGGCAGGAGUGUCACUUGAACCCGGGAGGCAGAGGUUGAAGUGAAUUGAGAUGGUGCCACUGCACUCCAGCCUGGGUGACAGAGCGAGACUCCAUCUCAAAAAAAAGACCCUUCCAUCCAUGAGCAUCUGGGUUCUUGCUGGAGGCAUCAGCACCUCCAGGAGGGUGGGGUGGGUUUGGUGGUUUUCACCUCUCAGAUUGGCUCAGCAGCCAGCUGAAGUGGGGCCAGGAGGCCCGCACCAUGGAAGACCGUACAGGGAAGGUGACCCUCUGGGGUACCACUCCCACCAGCUCAUGCAUCUUCUCCACCAUGGCUCGGGUGUACGUCCUGUUUGGGAACAUGGCCAGGUAGAGGGUGGUCCAGCCUGGAGACAGGGUGACCUUGGGAUACUUCUCCUGGACCAGGGCCAGGAACCUGCAAAAAAAUUGGAGAUGUUGGUCUCAUGGAGCUGCGCCGGCCCCUUCCUCUCCUCUGGAUUCUCGUCACCGUGCUAGGGACUGGCAGGGCCUAUUGGAUAUGUGAUAAGGGUGGAAGCAGAGUCCCAAAGAACAGAAUGGCUUGUUUUGGGUCCCAUGAACUGGGCAUGGACUUUGGAGUCAGGGAAGUCUGGGUUCAGAUCCUGAUUUUGACCUUGGACAGGUCACUCAGCCUUGUAGACAUCAUCCCCUCUAGCAGGGCAGGCUUCUUAAACAUCCCCUUCUAGACACGAAACUGACUCAGUCCCUGCAUGUGGGAAUCUGCGCUCUGCCAGCUGUGAGCCUUUGAAGUUUCUCAGGUUUUCUUUAAAAAAUUUCUCUCCUUCCCAGCCUGGGCAACACUGUGAAACCCCAUCUCUACUAAAAUACAAAAAAUUAGCUGGGUGUGGCGGCUUGCUCCUGUAGUCCCAGCUACUCAGGAGGCUGAGGCAGAACUGCUUGAACCCGGGAGAUGGAGGUUGCAGUGAGCCUCUGCAUUCCAGCCUGGGCAACAGAAUGAGACUCCGUCUCAAACAAAAAAAAGACUUCCUCUCUCCUCUCCCCUCCCCUCGCCACCCCUCCCUCUCUUCCCCUUGUAUCUUUAUCUCUUUCUCUUUCUCUCUUUUUCUUUCUAUACGGGGUCUCACUGUGUUGCCCAGGCUGGUCUCAAACUCCUGAGCUCAAGGGAUCCGCUCACCUUGGCCUCCCAAAGUACUGGGAUUAUAGGUGUGAACCACCAUGCCCAGCCUAAAAUUUUAUUUGAACUUGGCCUUGAUGAAAAUAUUUUAUUUUUUUCUUUGUACUUUUCUUCUUUAAAAGAUGCAAAUUUUAACAGGCAAAUUAUGUUGUCACCUACUGCCCACCAAAAAAAAUCCUACUGAGUAAAAUUAGCACUCCAAGAAGACAGGUCAUAUUUAUCUUGGGCCAUUGAUUACAUUUUCCAAAGUGCUACUUUUGGAAUGCACCUCAGCUUGAGAAGCACAAUGAUAAGUGCUAGAUGGAUGGUUGCUGGCUGGCUGGAUGGGUGGAGGGAGAGAUGGAUGAGAAAGAGCCUGCAGCGUAGAAUCAGAAGGCCUGGAUUUGAAUCUUUGCUCUGCCACUUAUUAGACUUAAGCAGGUCUUUUCAAUUCUAUAACAUAGUCCCUGUGUUAGUAAAAUGAAAAUAAUAGUACUUACCUCAUUUUUGUAAGAGUUAAAUGGUGUUCUUUAAGUAAAGUACUUAAAACAGUGUCUGGGACACAUAAUAAACAUGUAACAAAUUGAGAUCCUUCUCUUAUCAACUUUCUCAUCUGCAAAAUGGGGAGAAAGCUCUAACCUGGCAGUGCUACGUCAGGAUCAGAUCAAAGACAGGCUCUCCUCUCAUGUGGUCUCUUUGUAAACUGUAGAGCAUGUGCAACUACUGCAUGUGAGGGCUGCCAGCAGCGGUGCUGGAAUUCAUGGGGGCUGGGGAAGGAGUCAAGGUUUUAGACUUUUCUAGCAGGUCAAAGCCUGUGCUGGUCACUGGGGAAUAUAGGGAAGGACUUGGCCCGGUCUGCCCUCCGGGAGUUCAGUGUAGUAGGGUGACAGACCUGUGAACCCACAGUGACAGCUCCAUGAAGUCAGGCUGUGUUAGGAGGAAGUGUGGGGGUUGAGGGGCCCAGAGGAAGUCCUGCAGCAGCCUGGGAUGUCAAGGAAGUUUCUGGAGGAGAUAACUGGCCAGGGGCUUGUCAGGAAAGAGGGGAGAGGCACUGGAGGCAGAGGGAAUAGCUUGUGCAAAGGCUCAGGGGUGAGACUAUAUAGCGUGACUGGAGACAAACUCAGAGGUCCCCAAGAUCCUCACGUUGUGGUGGGUGUUGACAGAAGAAGGCUGGACACAGCUGGGACAGAGAGGCGAACACUCACUGUGUGGCAUUGACCUCAAGUGAGAUGGGCACGUUGGGGCCCUUUAAGAUAUCAGCGUUGAUCCACACAGGCUGCUGGACUUUGCCUUCCUCUGUCAGCCGCCGCAGGAGGUCCAGGGAGGGGCCCACGGCCUUGAUGUUCUUAAAGUCCAGUUUGAUGCCUGUGGGGAAAGGGACAAGGGCUUGGGGAAUUGGCGAAGGAACCAGGAAGAUGUGACUCCUUGGGCAGAAAGACCACAUCCCUCCAGGGUGUGAGGAAAGCCUGUCGAAGAGGCAGAGCUAACUGAGAGAAGAAGGGCCUGCCUCUAGACAAGUUCCCAUCUCCUCCUAGAGGCCAGAGGGCUGGAGGCUGACUUGCUUGGGGGUGAGAAGUGAAGAAGGAGCAAGAGAUGAGAGGAAAGGAUUGGUUUCCUGUGGCCACAGCAUGGUCCUCGGGGAGCCACAGCAGCAGGGAAGGGGACAUGCAGUCACCGAGCCCUCUACCCUCCACCCUCCCGCCUCAGGCCAGCUUUACCCAUCUGCAGCAGAGCACGUGGCUAAGUACAGACCCUGAAUGGACACUGCUGACUUCUAGUCCCUGCCCUGACACUUUUCAGCUGUGUGAUCUUGGGAAGGUUAUUUGACCUCUUUGUGCCUGUUUUCUCAUCUACAAAAAUUAAAUAAUAAAAUAUCCCUGGUUAGGCAUUCA